UGCAGCGUGAGUGGCUGCUGGAAAAUCCCCACUCGGGCUCCGGGAGCCCCGCUGGGCAGGUGUAGCGGGGCGGGGGAGGGGGAGAAGUGGGUGCGAGGGAUGGAGGCGCCCUUGCUGAAGAUGAUGGGGGCCACGGGCGAGGUGGGCUCCAAGGUGAGCGCCGAGCUGGAGGUGAAGAAGCUGCAGGAGCUGGUGCGGAAACUGGAGUGGCAGAACGAGCAGCUGAAGAGCCGGGCGAACGCCGCCGCCGCCGCUCCUCUGCAGGUCUACCUGGGCUCCGGCGGCCGGCACCAGCCGCCCGCCCCGGCUCUCCUCCACCCGCCUUACAGCUCCCCUCCCCAGGGCUCGGCUCACCCCCAGCCCGGCGGCACCCACUGCCCGGCCGCCAGCCCCGAGCCCCGCGCACCCAGGCUGCUGCUGGAUGAGGUCGACAUCCUGGACCUGGAGAACGGCCGCUGCAGCGGGGACGAUGACAGCUGGUUGUAUGUUUCACCAAGGAGGCAGCCGACCAUGGAACAGAAAGCCAUGAGCCCAAUCGAGUGGUGUAGACAGGUGCUUGAUCACCCAGGCCAUGAGAUUGAAGCAGCAAAGCGAUCACUGUGCUUCAGACUUGACCAAGCCAAUCGAUGGAAAAGUCUCUUUUCAAGUUCUUACUCUUCUGGCCUUCCAUGUAGUCCGUUUGCAGGGUAUAGUCCAUAUACCAAUGGGUUUAGCUCUCAAAGCCUCUACAAACCUGUUACUAAACAAUUACUAAUCCCUGAAAGAACAGGUUAUGCAAGUAGAAAUCUUCCACUCAGCCCACAGUCAUCAAUCGACAGUGAACUGAGCACUUCUGAGCUGGAUGACGAGUCCAUCUCCAUGGGUUACAAACUACAAGACUUGACAGAUGUCCAGAUCAUGGCAAGACUACAAGAAGAAAGUCUACGACAAGAUUAUGCUUCCACUUCAACAACUAUCUCUCAACGCAGCUCCAGUACAUCACUAUAUUCAGUAAAGCGGGGGACAGGGAGUGACCAGGAAUAUGAUUGCUGCAGUCUCGAAGACGAAGAAGAAUUUGACCAACUUCCACCACAGCCUCGACUCACCAGAUGCUCUCCACCUUUACGAAGCAUGCCGCAUUCACAGACUUUUUCCAGCAUCAGAGACUGCAGAAGAGGCCCAACACCUUCCUCCUACUUGAAUUCCAGUGCUUAUCCAUCCUAUUACUCACAAGGUCAUACCACUGAGCAACACCAGUACCGGACCAGUGCAGAGAAACUCAGACGCAGCAUGCCAAACCUUGCACGUUCAUUCAGUACUACCAGUUCACCUGACUCCUUUAAGAAUAGCAGAAGUUUUGAUUCAAACCUGCAGAAUGGAAUUUCACGACUGCAGUCACCAGCAUGCCCUUCUCUCAAUAAACUUCAACAUAGAGUCAACAGUGUCAGCCAUUUCCCACUGUCAGUAAGGCAACCGCCAAAAGCAACAGCAUACGUGAGUCCAACCGUCAGCAACACCAAUGGGAUCCACUCAUCUGUCAGUUUGCAUUCCAUCUCGAGCUCUGGCAUCCCUUUACCGAACAGGCCUGGAACCACAGGGAUCCCGGGUCGGAGUGGCCUUCCAAGACCAACCUCAAGUAUUGGAGGUAGUGGAAUACCCAGGAGCAAAUUAGCACAACCAGUCCGUAGUUUUCUUCAGCCUCCAAAGCCCCUUACUGCACUCAGUUCUCUUAAGGAUGGAAGCUGGAAGGAUGGGUGUUACUGACAUUCACUGCUACAGAAACUGUUGAGGCAGAGAACCAGGAGCUGCCACACAAUGAUGCCCAGCUGGCUGGGUUUAGACGCAUCACAAGAUGUUUGUAGCUACAGUUAAUUUCAGUGAAAAUGCAAAAGACUAGGCAAGGCCCAGAAUUAUGUAUGUUUUGCUAAUAAAGUGAAGAAAUACUACAUGAACUAAUGGUUGAAACAUCGUGCUUUCUAAUAUUCGCCCUGUGCAUUCAAAUUAUCUCAAACUUGCAGAUGAAAAAUCAGUACAAAAUGCCUUUUCAUCAAAUUUAACUUCUUCAGUGCUCGGUUUAUUUUUGAAACAACAAUCGAUAUUAUGAUGAGCAUUUUGCCAUUAGGGUUUUUUAAGGAAAUUCAACUUUAUCUAUGUUGAAUAGCAUUUGAACAAAAUUGUUAGCCUGUUGAGUUACUGUGACUUCAUUUUAACUGGGUUACAUGUUAUCACUUGAUGCAAACCUGUAAUACCUAAGCUGUGGGAAGCAGUUUUAAAGCCUCCAAUCAUGCUUCAAAUGAGAUUUAGAAGUAACAUCUCCAUAAAGUGGAAAUAAACAGAUUUAUUAUUUAAUAAAUGAUGAAUGAUUUGUAGAAGCUCUUAGUUUUAGCUCCAAAACUUCUAUGAAUAUGUAGCCCUGUGAGCAGAAAUUGUUAGUGAAUGUCAUCAAAUCAAACUACGGAUGCUGGAAAUCUGAGACAAAAACAUUAGAUGGUGAAAAUACUCAGCUGCUCAGGCAGCAUCUGUGGAGGGAGAAACAGAUCUAAUGUUUCAGGUCAGUGACUUCUCCUCAGAACUGGAUGAGGGGUCAUUGGUAAGAAAUAUUGAAGGGUUAUUGACUUGAAAUGUUGACUCUAUUUAGCUCUUCUCAGAUGAUGCCUGACCAAAUAACCAUGCCUUAUCUAUUUUUCUUAUUUUUGAUAAAUUCUCCUGCUCCAUUUCUAUAAUGCCAGCUGGAGUACAGUUGGUAGUAUAGUGGUUACCAUCUUACUUGGUAAUAAAAGAUCAGUUAUACAAUGUUAACUUAGACUUUUGGGUUCAAUGUCGAUCCAGCUAUUUUGACAAUAUUGAUAAUUAUCCCUGAACGAUUAACAUAUCCUUAUAAUGAUGCUACAACUACGUAUGAUUGUGGUACAACAUAAAUUGAAAUUGCACAUUUCAUAGUGUUUUCAGCCAUAUUUCGAUAAAUAUGGAAUGAUUAUGAAAGUGAAUUUGCUUUUAAUGAUAGAUUACAGUUUUGUUAAACAGGUGUAACUUCCAAAACUCAUUUGAGAAGAAGUCACUGUCAUCUCAGAAAUCUGGACUGAAAAUUUGUUGUAGAACCAGUUAUUUUGUGCACUGUAGCUAUACUUUAUUUCUGUAGCUCACAAGUACCUAUAAGGUCAACACGUCUGUGAUAGUCUGAUAUGAACCUCUUCUUUUGCCAUAGUUCGCAUUACAAAGCCAGAAAAUUUCAGCACCAAUGGAGUGUAACAAAAGCCUGGGGCUAAGGAAAUUCACACAAUGCCACCUAAUUUCUGACCUACCUUGCUGGUUUUAUGAAUGUUAAUUUAUUAUUUGUAAAUUAUUUGUGUAUGUCCUACCAGUUAUGAUGAAGCACAUUGCACUUAAACCCAGCAAUGACCAUGUAUGCGACAGCUUGACGGAUUUUUUUACAACAGUGAGUGAGCAUUUUGAAAUGUUUUAUUAAUAUUGAGAACAAGGUGCACUUUUUAAUGGACACUAAACAGCUUAAUUUUUAUAGAAGUUUUACAGGAUAACUUAAACAUAUUCAUCUUGUAAUAAUGCUGUACAGAAGUACUACGGAAAUGUCAAAUACAUAAUGCCAAUUACUCUUGCAUUUUAUUAAAUAUUGCUUAUAAAAUAAAAAAAAAUUAUUGCCAAUGGAUGUAGGAAUGUAUUGAUGAUUUUAUGCAAUAAAUGUUUUUUCUUCCC